AUGGGAAUUCUAGUUCCCUGUGCCUCGCCGUGUAAUACCCCGCUUCUCCCUGUCAAGAAGCCUAAUACUAACCCUGUCAAAUGGCGUCUCGUCCAAGACCUUCGACUCGUCAAUUCUUUUGUUAUCCCCAGACACGCUGUUGUAGCCAAUCCCCACCACCUUCUGAGCAUGAUCCCAGAGGGAACUGUAGUUUACUCCGUCAUAGACCUAUGUUCCGCCUUCUUUAGCAUUCCCGUGGACCCAGAAAGCCAAUUUCUCUUUGCCUUUACCUGGCAAACCGGUCAAUUAACGUGGACCCGGUUACCCCAGGGAUAUGUGGAGUCUCCGGCAAUCUUCUUUUCCAUAUUACACCAAGACUUAUUAGACGUGAACCUUCCGGGAGGCUCCGCCCUCAGGCUCUAUGUGGAUGACAUCUUACUUUGUGGGCGGGAUUUGGAAUCCUGCAGAUCGGACACUAUAGCCCUCCUGACAAUACUGGCACAUAAGGGACACAAAGUAUCCCCCAAAAAGAUACAGUACUGCCAAAAGGAAGUGAAAUAUCUCGGCCACAUCCUUGGAGAAGGCACCCGUGCCCUCGCCACAGAUAGGAUUGAAGCCAUAACAAAGCUGCCCCUCCCCAAGACUAAGAGGCAGCUCAGGGGCUUCAUCGGGAUGAGUGGGUUUUGCCGAGCAUGGAUCCCCCGCUACGGAGAAUUCACUCGCCCCCUCACCGCAAUGACACAUGACAAUGCCCCAGACCACUUACAAUGGACUGCAGAGGCACUCGAAGCCUUUGAAUCUAUCAAACGGGAGCUGAGGUCUUCACCUGCCCUCGGACUCCCCGACAAUAGACUACCUUUCUCUUUAUUCGUUCAUGAAAAUAAAGGAGUAGCCUCGGGUGUCCUUACGCAACCUUUUCAGGGAAGAAACAGGCCCGUCGCUUACUACAGCCUUCAACUGGACACUACCGUAAUGGGGAAUGUGGGGUGUCUUAGAGCAGCGGCAGCUGCAGCACUACUCCUAGAAAAGGUGCAGGAGACCGUCUUGGGACAUGAACUAACCGUAAAUGUUCCCCAUGCUGUGGCCACCCUCCUCAGCUUGCAAGGAUGUCAGCGCUUCACGAUCCAAAGACUGAAUAAAUACGAAGCCAUCCUCCUCAGUCCGUCUAAUGUUACCAUAAAAAGAGUAAACUCCCUCAAUCCGGCAACCCUCCUACCCCUUCCUGACGAUGGUACCCCGCACCACGACUGUUCCCAGGUGGUCCGACACGCCGAAAAACCACGUGAGGACCUCGACUAUCUUCCCUUAAGUAACCCCGACCUUAUAUUGUACACCGACGGGAGCUCAAAAAUUGUGGGAGGGGAGCGGAAAAGCGGAUAUGCAGUUGUUAGCGACACUGACGUCCUGGAAGCGCGUCCUGUCCAUGCUAGGUUUAGCGCACAGGCUGCAGAACUUAUUGCCUUGAUCCGAGCCUGCGAAUUAGCAGCAGGACAGAGGGUCACUAUUUACACAGAUUCUAAAUAUUGCUUUGGGUUAGUUCAUGCCACCGGACAAAUCUGGCUACAGAGGGGUUUUCUGACCGCUGCAGGCACCCAAAUAGCCCACGCACCUCUAGUACAACGUCUUAUGGAUUCCAUACAUCUUCCCGAAGAAAUAGCAGUAGUCCAUUGUAAAGCCCAUACCAGGGGAAAAGACCCAGUAUCAAUGGGGAACCGCUGUGCUGACCGCGUGGCACAAGAAGCAGCCCUCCAACCACUGUCUGCAGAUGGUGAAUUCCAGGGACCCCAGGUUCCGUCGGACGUAGACUUUAACCUAAUGUAUAAAACCGCCACCCCAGAGGAAAUAAAGGGAUGGGAAGAGCAGGGAGCUCUCUUUCGCAACGGCAUAUGGUACCUCCCUGACAAGAGACUCAUAAUGCCCAGGCUUUGGGUUCCCAAACACAUAAGAAUCCUACAUCAGUGUACUCAUUGGGGAAGGGACAAGCUCGUAGAUUUUGUCCAACGCUGCUGGUACGCUCCAGGACUGGCUCUGGCCGCAAAAAGCAGCAGUAAAGAAUUGUCACACCUGUCAAACCUUUAAUCCAAAGCAUACUGCCAGAUGUCCACCAGGAGCCAGACCGUGGGCUUUUGUCCCCUUCGAAAGUCUCCAAGUCGACUUUAUAGAUUUACCCCCUUGUCAGGGCUACAAGCAUGCCCUUGUCAUUAUUGACCAAUUAACCGGAUGGGUAGAAUGUCUCCCGAUUCGCCGAGCUACUGCCCAAAUGGUCGCAAAGACUCUACUGCAUGAAAUAAUACCACGUUUUGGGGUUCCGAGACACAUAGACAGCGACAGGGGCUCACACUUCACUUCUGACGUAGUUCAGCAAGUCGCUAAAGCCCUAGGAAUCAAAUGGAGGUUGCAUACCCCAUACCACCCCCCUUCCUCAGGGCAAGUUGAACGAAUGAAUCAGCAGUUAAAGUCUCAGCUAGGAAAGCUCUGCAGGGACUCUGGAAUUAAGUGGGUCAGUGCCCUCCCCUUGGUCUUACACAAUCUCAGAGCAUGCCCCCGUGGGAAUCUGAACUUAUCUCCUUAUGAACUGCUUUUCGGACGACCCUCCCCCAUCUAUAGCACGCAAUUUCCCCCAUCAGAACUAGAAGUAGGCGAAUCUGAAUUGACCAAAUAUAUAAUGCAGCUCCAGAAGCAACUCAUUGUUCUCCACAGAUAUGCAGCAGCGAGCCAGAACAUACCCCUCGACGAGAACAUCCAUCCGUUCCAACCAGGCGACUGGAUAUUGGCAAAGACUUACCAGAAGGUACCCCUACAACCUACCUGGGAAGGACCCUACCAGGUCCUUCUCACAACCCCCACCUCCGUCAAAGUAGCGGAGAAGUCGGCCUGGCUGCAUCACACCCGCUGCAAACCUGCUUCUCCACCUGAUCCUACCAGCGACGACGCACCCUACUCCACUCCCCCACAACCGGCAGAGGGCGACGCCGACAUAGAGGUAGCCCUACAGACCAGACCAGAUCGGGGCACGCAUCGAGCCCAACAGACCGGACCAGAUCGGGGCACGCAUCGAGCCCUACAGACUGGACCAGAUCGGGGCACGCAUCGAGCCCUACAGACCGGACCUGCUUCAACAUCAGCACCGACCCAUUGGACCUCCGAAAUCGUCCCAACAACGGACAACCAAGAGCACCCACCGAUCCGCCUCCGACUCCAUAAGACACCACAACGCGCCGUUUGA